GAGAGCCUCUCCUGCGCCCCACAGGACUUCCCCCUCGGAGAAGGCGCGGCGACAGACUAGGGGGACGGGAAGAAAAGGGGCGGCAGCGCGGGAGGGCAGCGCCAUGCUCGUCGCCGUCCUGGGGGCGCUGUGCCUGUGGCUGCGCCUGGCGCUGGGCGUGCGCGGUGCGCCCUGCGAGGCGGUGCGCAUCCCCAUGUGCCGGCACAUGCCCUGGAACAUCACGCGGAUGCCCAACCACCUGCACCACAGCACGCAGGAGAACGCCGUGCUGGCCAUCGAGCAGUACGAGGAGCUGGUGGACGUGAACUGCAGCGCCGUGCUGCGCUUCUUCCUCUGCGCCAUGUACGCGCCCAUCUGCACCCUGGAGUUCCUGCACGACCCCAUCAAGCCGUGCAAGUCGGUGUGCCAGCGCGCGCGCGACGACUGCGAGCCGCUCAUGAAGAGGUACAACCACAGCUGGCCCGAGAGCCUGGCCUGCGACGAGCUGCCCGUGUACGACCGCGGCGUGUGCAUCUCGCCCGAGGCCAUCGUCACCGACCUCCCGGAGGACGUGAAGUGGAUAGACAUCACGCCAGACAUGAUGGUGCAGGAGAGGCCUCUUGACGUCGACUGUAAACGCCUGAGCCCGGAUCGAUGCAAGUGCAAAAAGGUGAAGCCGACUUUGGCAACAUAUCUGAGCAAAAACUACAGUUAUGUUAUUCAUGCCAAAAUAAAAGCUGUGCAGAGGAGUGGUUGUAAUGAAGUAACGACAGUGGUGGAUGUAAAAGAGAUCUUCAAGUCUUCCUCACCCAUCCCUCGCACUCAAGUCCCGCUCAUUACCAACUCCUCCUGCCAGUGCCCACACACCCUGCCCCAUCAGGAUGUCCUCAUCAUGUGUUAUGAGUGGCGCUCCAGGAUGAUGCUUCUUGAAAAUUGCUUAGUUGAAAAAUGGAGAGAUCAGCUUAGUAAACGAUCCAUACAGUGGGAAGAGAGGCUGCGGGAGCAGCGGAGAACAGCUCAGGACAAGAAGCCAACGGCCGGGCGCACCAGCCGCAGUAAUCCCCCCAAACCAAAGGGAAAGCCGCCUGCUCCCAAGAAGAACGUUAAAGCCAGGAGUGCCCAAAAGAAAACAAACCCGACAAGAGUGUGAGCUCACUGAUUUCCAAGACGGAGACUUCCCUCCGGGAUGAGGCCGGGAAUCCCGGGACAGCCCAGGUAGGGCCAUGCGCCCCUCACCUUCGCAGCUCACUGCAGCACUCUGUUUUCUUCAUGAUAUGCUUCCAUUUUUCUCUGUAAGCCACAACAAGCCGUAGAGGCAAGUUUGCCCUUUGAUAUGGAAGGUGUACUGAAGCCGGGUGGGAAAGCUGAUGGCAUUCAGAGUGGCCGGUGUAAGAGCCCCACGGGGGGAAAAUGUGCUUUGCACCAUUUGACCUAAUAUGUGCGUUGCAACAUAAAUGCCAUACU